AUGAAGUUGAAAGAUCUUGCUCAGCAGUUUCAGCUCGGUAUUUCCACGGCUUUCAGCAUUUUGAAAAGAUUCAAGACGCAGGUAAGGUUCAAAGUGUUUGUCAAACCCAAUAAAAUAUUUAGAAUACCUGCAUCGGUUCAAAGGCGCCAGGAAAACCUCGUGGAACCACCAAGGCCAUGGAUCGGAACAUCCUGAGAGCGUCGAGAGAGGAUCCCAGAAGGACUUCAACGGAAAUCCAGAUGGUUGUGAAUUCUCCCACGGAUCCAGCACCUUCUAGAAGAACAAUCAGAAGACGUUUAUUCCGUUUAUACGUCUUAGAGGUCCCAUAGCGUUGACCGAGAAAAAUAAACCUGAAAGACUUCCAUUCUCGUUUUCGCCUUUUUUUUUGAGUAAAUGGUGCGUUUUCGUGGGAACCGGAGUUGUUCAUUAGAUUCAGCAUGGCCAAUUACAUAGAGCAAAACAUUACGAGUAUGGUACUUGAUCUGGGGACCUCGGUACAGGUCCUCAAACAUGCGCACGCGAAAAUCAAGAGAAAAUUCGUCAGGCCACGCCCCCUCCUUUGCGCCAAUUUAUAGGAUCUAAAUACCCUUCAAGUCGUUCACACAGAGGUGAGUGUGACUUUCCGGUAGGUCAGAAAACGAUUUAUUACGCGUAUUGUUGCCCUAAUUUCACCGUAAAAACGUGAUGGCAUUUUAUUAUAGGGGCACCGCACAGAAAUGGCGCUCUGUUGAGAAACUCUUUUUGCAGUGCAAAUUGAGCGACCUCGGGGCCGAGUUUGAAAAGUUAGGCCACAUUUUCAGUGGAAAAUUACUUCGCGGCCUAGAAAUUCGGCCAGAUUGCGAACAGCGCGCCCUUUCUGUCCGGUGCCCCAAUAAUAAAGUUGAGUGUUUUUACUGGUUUUCUACUGCUCAGUAUAAUACGAAGGGUGAGAUUCUACUUUUCUUGUGACUCCAAAAAACCCCGGGAGCCGGUAAUCCUGUUUUUCAGACCUUACUAUGUAGAGGUAAGUUAUUACUUUUGUGUAAUCCUUUCAAGAUGGGGAGAAGAGGACUGCUGUUUAACGCCAUGAAUAUUACUAUCGCCAAGAAUUGUUCCGACUAUCACUGGAGCCUAAGCCCGAUAUUAUUGAGUUCCGGAUAAGAAGAUACUAUGUUUUGUUAGUCUGAAAAUGUGAGUUAGAAUCGACACUUCAGAUGUUUUUUCGAACCUGCCAGUUUCUAUCUUGAUUGGAUUGUCAUGAGCUAGAAAAUUUCGGACAAUCCGGAACAAAAAGUAACCCUUCUGCCUGCUAACAUGAUUGUAUGUAUUUCAGGUUUAUUCCUAUCAGGCUCACAAAGUUUCGGGCCGCGCCGAAGAUUUUGCUAGCCCGGUCCGGCUCAGUCGGCCCGGAAGUUACACCUCUGGGUAGAAUCGUCAGCGCGGUGUCAGAAGUCUCAACUUGUCCUAAGCUGGUUGUGCGGAAGCAAGAAGGAAGACACAAAGAGUGAGCAUUUCUUGUUGCUAGCAAAAUACAGACAAUUCAUUUUUCAGAACAAGACUGGAGUCUUACUCGGACGGACAAACAAAAUCACGAGAAGGUAAGCAAAUAAUUCGUUUCACAACGGAUCUUAUGAUGGAAACAUAAUUUAUUACAGAGCUAA